CCACUCAUUCUUAUCACUCCACUCUCUCGACAAGUUAUUGGAAGCACAGUGCCAAACAAACCCUUCGAACUCAAAUUGGCCAUGGAAGCUCUGAUUUCUCAGUUCACUUUUCUCUCCGAUCAGUCACUCAACGAUAAAAACUUCGAUCCAUCAACCAUUGAAGAUCUCAUGAAACUAUUUGAGCUCGAAUCAUACAAAGCAUGGGCGGCGAUGGAGCUCGAGCAAGAGGAAGAAGUGGCAGAGGCUGAGGAUUCGAUGCAAGAGGCGGAAGAUUGCCUCGAUGCCGCCAUGGAAAGCGCGAUGGAGGAGUUCAGGAGGUUCGAGGAAGAGAUGGAGCGCGAAUCGAACGAGGAGCUACAGGGAUUGCUGUCGAUCGGUGAAAGUGCAAGGAGGUUGGGGAGAUCUAUGGAGAGAGCGGCGAAUUUUGCUUCAAACAAGUAUAUUGAGACGGCGUUGAAUUCUGCAACGGCGUCAAUGAGAUCGGCGAUGAAGACGAUUUCUUCUAAAUCGAAGAAAGUUCAUCCUUCUUAGAUGGAUUAUUUCAGUGGAAUCGUAAGUUCCUGAAUCAACUAUCUGCAAUUAAUUUUGUCAUUGUUGUUGUUAUGGUAUUUUUAGUCAAUAAACCUGUGGAACCAUAUUUAGAAUACUACUAUAUUUCUGUCAACAAAAAUGUGUGAAUAAUUUCAACCAGUAUUUUGAGAAAGACCUGCUGCUGCUGCUGCAAUC